AUGGAACCUUCUUUUCCGUUAUUUCGACUCCCUAAAAAUGUUAUCGUCCAAGUUCUCCAAAGCACGGAUCCCAAAGAACUAUUAAUCAUAUCCCUUGUCUCAACAAAAACCAAAAACCUUGUCACAUCAUUGGGAUUAAGAGCCCGUAAUAUUUUUAUCGCUUUUUAUCAUGAGGUUAGUAUAACUGUGAACAUUGGAAGAUUCGGAUGGAAUUUGAUCUUUCGAAACGAUCCGAAUGAUCAGAAUGCAGAAUUUGACAUUACUCGUCCAAUAUCUGCUUCUACUUUUUCUCUACACAAAACUUUUCAACCAUCAACUCCAUUCAACUUCAACAAUUGGCUAGAUCACAUUCUGACUGUAUUCUGUUAUACUAAACCACUAACCGUAGCAUUCGAGCCAGGCAGUGAGCGAUUUGAAAUGCAAUCGCUGAAGAUUUCGUUGAAAAACGUCAAUUUUGCUAAAAUUCAAGGUGUUACUAAUAUUCGGACUAAGGAAAUUUUGAAAACUUUCAAAGACUUGAACGCAUUAUAUCUGAGAAGUAUCAUAUUUGAAGAUGCUUGUGAAGUUCAGAAAUUCUUCAUUCAAAACUUCAAAACAAUCAUAUUUCAUGAUGUAUACUCACUGGAUGACAUGUUAUUGGCCAACAGUGAAAUAGUCAACUUCCGCCGUCCAACAACCCACAAGCAAUUCAAUCGAUUCGUCAAACACUGGAUCCGCGGCUCAAAUCCACGACUGCAAUGCAUGUAUUUAUCAAUCACUAACAGUAAUUCCGUAAGCAGAGAUGUGCUUCUGAAAGGAAUUCAAUGUGUUGAUGUGGCAGAAGAAAAGCAACUAGAAAUCUGUCGGAAACAAGGAAUUGUCAGUGAUAAUAUGGUUGAGAUCAGACGAAAAGAUGGGACCCCUGCAGUGAUUGCGACCAAGGAGUACGAAAAUAAUAUUCUUCGUAUCCGUUUCCUCGUGUUUUACUAA